GUUUUUUUUUUUUUUUUUCCACUCUCUCAGAGUCUCAACGCAACAAAGGCACAGCUCACACAAACACACCCUAUCAACCAAAACAGCUCCAAACAAGAAGAAGCAGCUCAAAACGACGCCGCUGAGUGUCUACUCCGAUCAUGGCUUUCUCGUCCCGCCUUUUGUCCAAAUCCAAACAGAUACAGUUUUGUGGUAGCCAAAUCACCUUUCAACAAACACAUGCUAUUCCAGCCCGUUGCUUUGCCAAACAAGCUGAUCGCCCUGUUCUAAAGGGAGAUGAAAUGUUGAAGGGCAUCUUUCUUGAGGUUAAGAAUAAAUUUGAGGCAGCCAUGGGGAUACUUCGCAAGGAGAAAAUCACUAUUGACCCGGAAGAUCCAGCUGCUGUUGCUCAGUAUGCCAAGGUCAUGAAGACAGUAAGAGAAAAGGCUGACUUGUUCUCAGAAUCCCAAAGGAUUCAGUUCACCAUACAAUCACGAACUCAAGAUAUUCCUGAUGCACGAUCAUAUCUGUUGACAUUGAAGGAAAUACGAAUUAAGAGGGGUCUCACAGAUGAACUUGGUGCAGAGGCAAUGAUGUUUGAUGCACUGGAAAAAGUUGAAAAAGAACUCAAAAAGCCCCUUAUGAGGAAUGACAAGAAAGGAAUGGCUGUUCUUAUGGCUGAGUUUGAUAAAAUCAAUAAGAAGCUUGGAAUUCGAAAGGAAGAUUUGCCCAAGUAUGAAGAACAGCUAGAACUCAAAAUUGCCAAAGCACAGCUAGAGGAAUUGAAGAAGGAUACUCUUGAAGCAAUGGAAACUCAAAAGAAGCGGGAGGAAUUCAAGGAUGAGCAAAUGGUUGAUCCGAAGUCGUUGGAUAUCCGAAACUUUAUCUAAGAUUGAGAUUUGCCUUGUACUUGUUUGUUUGGGGUUAAAUAAUUGUUUGGGCAGAGUGAAAACCCUCAAUUUUUGUUUGGGAAAUGGACAUUGGAGAGUGAAUCUCCAUUUUUCUUUGUAACUCUUGUAUACUUGGAUAUGGAUAUCUGGUCAAUGAAUUCAAAAUAAGUUUGUGUAGUUA